AUGACUAGUAUUACAAGCACAUUAUCUCACCAUGCAUAUCUAGUCGUUGAAGUUAUCUCCAACCUCGAGGAACAGAUAGAUCUCUUCUCAUGUUGUCUAGUCUCUCGCCUCUGGAAUACAUGUGCAACAUACACACUCUGGCGAGCACCUCGCAUAAAACGUGCCACCACCUUUGACAAGUUUAUUCGCACUCUCUGUCGCACUAAACAAAACGGAUCAACCUAUGCAUAUGGCUGCUUGAUACAUAGUCUCGACUUGUCUCGAGUAUCGCAUCAUGUCGGAUCGGCAGAACUAGAUUUAAUAUCUGAAAUAUGCGGCGUGUUGAAACAUAUUGAUUUUUCUAAUGUUGGAAACGUUUCGACUACUUUAAUGUGCCAAAUUGCAUAUCGAUGCUCUGAUUUACGAACAUUGAAAUUACUAAAUUUACCCCAGCUUAGUGACAAAGCAAUCGAUAUGAUAUUCAGCCAAUGUCCAAGAAUGGAACACUUUUCCAUCGGUGAUUGCGGAAAUGUUACCGACAAAGGUCUCACCGGGAUAGCUCACUAUGGAAAGAAUCUUACUGGCCUCGAGAUAAUUCUUGGCAACAAGAUCUCAUGCGAUACUCUGUCGUCAAUAACCAAUUCAUGUACAAAACUCAAACGACUCCACAUCUGGGACUGCGGAAACUUAGACGACUCGGCCAUAUUAUCGAUUUCUAUAAAUCUGAAUGAUACUUUGGAAUCGCUUAUAUUGAACAAUCCACCCGCACUUACAGAUGAGUCAUUGGUACAAAUUGCUAUGCGAUGUCGUAAUUUGAAACAUUUUGGACUUGAACCGCAUUGGGGAGUUACAAAUUCUACUUUGGCCGUCUUAGCUGAAAAUGCAAACGGCCUGGAGUCAUUGCAACUGUCUUUACAAUAUGCAAGUCGAAUAACUAAUGAGGGGAUCUUUGUAUUGUCCCGUCGUUUGAAAAACCUCAAGAAAAUUCAGAUUCAGGAAUCGAAUACACUACAUGUUAAUGAUCUAGGUCUGACUUUUUUAAUUACAGAACAGCGCAUUAACUUGACUAGUCUACACAUUUACAAUUGUAAUUUUAGUGAUCUCGUUCUUGACACUAUUGUCAAGACUCGCCCGCCUAUAAAUGACGUCUGCUUCUUUCAGUUACCAUCAAUAUCAGAUUACCAUUUUAUUCGUUUCCUUGCAGCAGUAUCGGAUACUUUAAAUUCUUUACAGUUGUCGUAUUGCGAUAAUAUUACGGAAUUCAGUGUAAUUGAAGGGUUAGGAGUAUAUGGGAGUGGUUUAAGAAAACUCAGCAUUUGUCCCUCAGGUGAAAUGACUGCUGAGGGACUAAAAGCUAUAUCCACAGGGUGUCCAAAUCUAAAAGAAUUCUAUUUGUCAAGUACCGAAGAUUUACCAACUCAGGUUAUCACAUUACUGCUGACGAGUUUAAGAGAACUUGAGCAACUUCGAAUUCGAGAUUGCCCCAGCAUCCAUCCUGAUGAUCUUAGAAUAAUAGCAUGUGGAUGUCCCAACCUUAAGGAGUUCUACUUUGGCCCUAGUCCAUACGUAGACUAUGCAUUUAUACAAGAAUAUAAUUCUAAUGGCAAAUCAAGACCUUUACUUGUACAAG